AUGCAGACAGCGCCUCCAAAGCCUUGGGAGCGGAACGGUAGGCGGGUAACUUCGGCCGUAACACCAGCGGCUGCAUCAGCAGUUCCUGCUGCGAGUCCGAGUCCAGCGGCGGACGUCGCCGACGGAAUCGCCGCAACAAGUUCUGCGCUCACACCAUCUACAACUUCUUAUGCCAACACCAGUUCGUACGGAAGCUCGAUGUAUGGCAAUUCCAUGUACGGCGGCUAUGGCGGCAGCAUGUAUGGUGGUGGUGGAUAUGGUGGCUCAAUGUAUGGCGGUGGAUAUGGUGGAUAUGGUGGUUUCGGCUCCAUGUAUGGUGGUGGCUCAAUGUAUGGGCGAGGAGGCAUGUAUGGCUCCGGGUACGGCGGCCAACCGGGCAUGUAUGGGAAUCGAGAACAGGAGUCCCAAUUCUUCGUGCCAAAGAUGCCGGAGCAGCCUCAGGAUCCCGCGAACAAUCGCAUGGAAGAGAUUCGGGAGACAAACUCAUGGUUCUUGGACUCCGUGUACUCCUAUGGGGAUCGCGUGUACCAGUUUGGCCGGCGGCUUCUUGAUGGGUUGGCAAAGCUGCAGACAGCAGUCUCCAAGGGCAAAGUCCCUCCGGCAGUGUAUCGCCGUGCCUUUACCUUUGCAGUGACCUUCGGCUCAGUGCUCUUCGCUGCGCUGGCACACCGCUUGGUGCGGCGGCACAAGCAGUUGGCUUGGGAUGCUUACAGAAGGCAGGUGCAGACCGCGGCUUUGCCUGCCUUCAGACCCCAGCCAAGAGCAUCCUUGUGA